AGUUUGGAUGGAAACGUAAACCCCUUUCUCCGUUCAACUUUAAUAUUUUGCAAAAAUUAUGACUACUGACGUAGCAUCACAACCAGAAGAAACAGAAGAAGAAGCAGUUGAGGUGUUAUUACCAAAUACAAAUAUUGUGACGCACUGUAUUUUAAAAAAUGAUGUGGAACGUUUAAGAAAAUCAUUUGAAGACGACGAAGAUCCUUAUAAAGAAAAUGUAGCAGAAUUAAUAAACACAAGAGGGAGGGAUGGAAAAUCUCCUCUUGAUUUAGCCUCUACACUUGGUAGAAUAGAACUUGCGAAAGAAUUAAUACUUAGAGGAGCUGAAGUUAAUUCUGUAAACAUAAAGGGUUAUGGAGCACUUCAUCAUGCUGCUGCCUGGGGAAAAGUCAGUCUGCUGAAGGUAUUGGUGGAUGCAUUAGCAGAUUUACAACUGAAGACAGCUCAUGGGGAAAGAGCUAGAGAAACUGCAUUAAGAUAUAACCAAACAGAAUGUGUGGAUUUCUUAGACUGGGCAGAGGCCAAGUCAGAGCUACUGGAGGCAAUCAGGGGGCAUCAGGAAUUUUUAACAGAUCCAGAGAAAAACCAGGGUCGACUCACUAAAGAAGACAAGAAUAUCAUUACCAAUUCAUGCAAAGAAAAAACUGAAUGGGUGGAGAAUACCACUGAUGCCACGACUCAGGAUUUUAUCACACAGCGACAGAACUUGGACGAAAUAAUUACACCAAUCAUACAGAAACUUAAUGAACCAACCCCAGAAAAACCAGAAAAAAGGUAAAUGAGGGGAAGGAGAGAAGAGCAGCUGUAAGGACCGUUUUGUUUUGUUUGACUGUUUUGUUCACUGUGAUAGA